GUAAUUUGCAGAGAAAAGAGAAAAGACUUUUCCUCAGCCCAGCAUCUUGUUGGUUUUUCUGGCAAAGUGCUGCGUAGAAAGUUAAAGCCCUUGAGAAGAUCACGUUCGGACAAGCUUCGAGAAGCAGCCCUGGAGCAAGACUACCUGGACAAGGUAAGGUGAAGAUAUUGAACGGAUGUUUGGUCAAACCCUCUCCUUUAGAGGUUUAAUUUGUGGACUAGUGCUACUGCUUAAAUCUACAAUGACUGCCGUUGGAGACAGAGGUUGCUGCAGCAGGGCUUCUUAAUUAAUCCUCCUUCAGGGUACUAAGCCGAAAAUUGUCAGGGUUUAAUUUUUUACUCGACUGAUUUGAUUUCAGUAUCAGUACCUCUUUUAAUAUGUAAAAAAGGAAAUUGAAAGAUUCAGGUAUCUGUGUUUUACAAUCUUUUUCUAGCACCCCCAUUUCAAACGACUCAACGUUAUAUAGACUUUCAGUGUAUUAAAACUAUCUGUUUUGCUCUACCUGGCUAGAUUAGCCCUGCUAUUUGCCGGUAGAGCAGUUUUGUAACUUUUCUUUUAAAAAUACUGAAAUAAAUUUGAAACUUGAACUAAAACUUGAACAUGCUCAGUAACAUUUUUUUCUAGGAUUUUCAGUAAAAUAGGCUCUUGGUGUUUAUAAUGUUAUAGCAUACAAGAAGGGUAAUCCAAAGGCAAAUACAACCCUAUUUUUGGAAACAGGAUAGAGCUUUAUUAUUCUCUUGUCAUCAGUCGACAAUGGUUCCAGCAGGCUUGCUUAGGUAUAAAAGUUUGAAAUUAUACUUGACUUGUUCCGGAUCUUGACUUGUUCAGGAUGAAAAUGUGGACCCCCAGGCAGUGAUCCUCCAGAUUCAAAGUGGUUCGAAUGACUGGAGCUUAUUCUGGUUUAAAAUUUGAAAGUCUGAGAUUUUUCAUUUGGUAACUACACACACACAGACACAAACAAACUAGGGUGGAGCAGUAAGAUAAUGUUAGGAAGUAUAUUUGUUUGGUGUAUUGUGUUAAGUUGGGAUAUGUUUGGGUAGUGAUUACUCUGGAUGGCAAGUUUUAUGGUAGAAUUAAGAGCACAUGCAAAUUCGUAUGUGUAAUCAAAUGGUGACGAGUGAAAUUAGGGAAUAAUUUCACGCGCGUUUUGUCCAAAUCCUUAUAAUUUCCCGAGCCUUUAGCCGAGGGAAAUUAUUAGGAUUUGGACAAAACGCAAGUGAAAUUAUUCCCUAAUUUCACAAGUAUACCAUUUGAUUACCUAUUAAUAUCAUGGGUGACGAAUUACUUUAGCAAUCGAGGAUUUUUGACUUGUUUAUCCUGGAUCGAUCGAUCGUGAACUCCACUCUCCCAAACGUUUAGAGUUGAAAUUUGGCUUAAGUUUUCAGAAUUUUUCAACAACAUACCUCUAAGAAUCCUUCUUGAUGUGCUCUUUCAUGUGUUCAGGUUUUCUAAAGCAUCUUUUUAUGCCCUGACAUCUUCAUUCAUGACAUUUUAACCCAUUCGCCCCUGAACCGCCCGUAACUGCCCGUGCGGAUCCACGUCCUUUCUACCCUUUGUGACGUCAUCAGUUUUAACGGUCAAGGACAACUUUGUCCGCUAACUUGUGCAGAGUGAAGAGAUCUUUCAAACCAUACCAGAAUGAGCACAAUUCAGUCAAGGACACCAGAGAAAGAGGCAAAAAACCAUGUAACAUUGACCUGAAAAUCUCCACGAAAAUCUUGUUCCAUUGCCCACCUACCUUUCCUUUCACCUAAUCCUUAGAUCCUAAAAGCUUUCCUAAAAACUAUUCCCACCAAAAUGAAGCCUACUAAAUGCCCAGCAAGAGAAAAAAAAAAAGGGGCAAGAAAGGGAAAAAAGAGGGGAGGAGAGAAAGCGAAAAGUAAAAGUCAAGACUGCUGUGUCACUUUUAAACCCAAAAACUAUGUCGAAAUUUUGCUUUCUGCGCAUCCCCCAACUUCGCAAGCUGAUAUUUUGCAUCUGGAUCAGAAGGCCAUGAAGUGUACGACCUGUAAACCGGUUUGUGGUAAGUUUAAGCUCUUUAUAGCACGACAGUGACCAGAAAACCACUCGACUAGCUUCAAAACGCGUUUUUCGGCAAAAUCUCCAGGAGCUAAUGGGUUAAAACUUCGUCGCCAUCUUGAAACGGAGAUGUACGGCAGGUUGCCAUGGCAAUUUAGUAAUUUCACAUGUGAAAUUACAAAUUAACGCUGAAAUUUCAUGCCAAAAUUAAGGAGUAAUUCGUCACCUAUGAUAUUAAAUAUGUAAUUGGCACUUUUGUACUGCUGAAAAUUUAAAAGGUGGAUAAACAGAAAUUUUGAGGCUCAUGCUUGUUUGCAUAAGGCAGUUUUGAGGCUUUUAAUUUUUGUACCUUGCACAACUCUCAGCCUGAGCUAGUACAAAUGUUCCAGAGCAUAAUUUUUUGAGACCACCCUAUUUAUGAAACACUAUUUGCAGUGUUGAAGAAAAUAAUACAUUUCUUAAAGCUCCCUUUUCUCUAAGACUGUUGGCUGAUGACAUGUUGGAGACUUGCAAAGGCCUCAUGAUCUGUGUCACAAAAACUCAGAGAUCAAAAACUCUGACCUCACACCCUGGAAACCACUCUGAUUCCCAGGUAUCUUGAGUACAAAACUCAUACCCCUUUGGGUGACUUAAUUGAAAUUUCGUACCCAUUAAAACUUGAGUACUCUGAUGGCAUUGUAUUACAGCCUCUAGCAAAAUGCUUUAAAUCUCACCAUUAUCAUGCAUGCAGGUGAAUUGUUGUGAAGUAUCCUGGCUCGUCUCCCUAAUGAACUCCUUUUGAUCUGCUGAGCUGGUUGUAAUAAGUCCUCUCUGGGGAUCUGAGUUUUGAGGUCUGAGUCUUUUUGACCCCACAAAGGCCUCUUAUCUCAAAGCGGAAAAAUAGAUAAGUCGUAUUAUCAAUUACAAUUCAAUCAAUCAAUGUAUACAUUAUACUGUUAGAACAUUUUUUCAGAACCUAGCUACUUAUUUCUGAGCAAACUCACAUAAAAUGACACAGUUCACAUGUACAUCAGGACUAGGAAUGGGAAUGCAGUGUAAAUCAUACCUACUGGGAAUUGUACAUUCAGGACCGAGUGCAGGCAUUGCCUUGUACUUGUCAACAUCAGAUUGAACAUGCAUUCUCCUGACUGAAAAACAACACGCACGAAUUAAUAUAAGCCAAAAUAAGGUUGUAUUUUAACAUUCAUUAAAUCAUGUCUCCAAAAUUUUGCUAUUUUCUUGCUGCUACAUCUUUUGUAACAUUUUUUUAAUUAUAUACAUUCAAUGUUACUUUUCACCAUCAAGUGCAACAACCUCUCUCGCUGUCUAAAAAACCAUGGAAAUCUGUUGGAUGUAAUCUCACAGUUGAGGUGUUGUGAUGGACAGAAUUUUUGUGAUUCAUCUUUAUGUCAGGUAUGUUAUCAAUGUUUUACUAAUAAUGUCAUUUGCAAAGCAUAAAAAAAUCCCCACUUUGUAUUAGGGAGGAGUAGGGGAGGGCUUGUAAUAGAAUGGGGCCGCUUGUUGAAUUCUCAAAACACAGUAUAGUAAGAAUUGACCAUGCAUAUUAUUUAUAGCAGUAGAGUGCAAUUUGCAGGUUUGCCAAUUAAAAUCUUUCCAUUACAAAAAUAACCCUUUUUAAUAUUUUUUAGGAGCUUCAAGAGAGGUAUGACAACAACAUAUCACUCAUUAAAUUUCUUCUUGGAAAUGUUGGAACUACCAUAGAUGUGCUUCCAAACCAAAUUCAAGGUGAAUUUAAUGUAUGUUUUUGUUCUAAAACCCAUGUCACACCCGUCCUUCUAUUUAAUAAACAAAAUAACUGUGAUUCAGUACUUGUAAACUGUAUUAAUUAAAAAUAUUAAUAUAUCAAUUAAAAUGAUAAAUUUUAUAAUUCAGAGUGUAGAUUUUUGCAAAUAACAUCAUAGCCUACAAAUACAGCCUUCUCUCAUCGCUCCCCAUCAAGGGGACAUUUCUCAAGAAAGACUCUGCAUUUUGCCCCCAAAAUUUUGUAUAUUUGUAGGAGAAGGAAGCCUGGCCUAUUUGGUGAGUGACAUUUGAUAAAAUUGCUAGUUAGAUCUCAUGAAACAGCCAUCAGGCAACCCCCAAAAGAAACAGUUACAAUUGAAGAUCAUAAGCUGUAGACUGAAGAUACACAACAAUAACAAUAUAUUAUUAAUGGUAAUACAUGCUUAACUAGGCAUCCCACUAAAGGGAUCUUAUCAUUAAUUAUUGACAGUGUUAUCUAUCUAUAUGAAUACUUCUCAAUUUUUAUAUUUUCAGUUUCCUUAAGUGGAAUUUUACAUAAAGAUAAAAAGCUGAGGAACAAGCUGGAGAAAGAAGGUUUUUGGAUUGGUGAACUGAAAGGGAAAAUGAAGGCAUGUAUCAUGGAACUCUAUUUUAUUUUUUCAAAUUUUAAAUUUUCAAUGAUUGAAAGUAACUAAAUUAAGUUCAUGAACUAAAAUAAAAUUUGUGAUCAGGACAUAACCGGCCAUUAAAUGAGCAAGUUUCAUUGACUGGCCUAAACUGGCUUGUGCAAGAUGAAAAACCAAACAGGUUUUUUACCUCAUCAAGGCAAAACUAUAGAAAACUUUGUUAGAAGAAAAUUUGCAUGUUUAACUGAGGCUUCAAAAAUAGAUAUUUAUAUUGAUAACAUAGAUAUGUAAGAGUAGUAAUUGUUAUAUUCAGUUAGUGCAAAGUUGAGCACAUUAAAAAAAAUAUGCUGAAAAUUUUUUCAGAUUAUAUAUUACUGGUUACUAAAUGACUGCUGUUGAUGCCCUGGUACCAUAAACCCUUUCUCUUUACCAUAAUAAAUGCCCCAUGCCAAAUGGCAUGGGUUCUUUCUUAUAUAUUUUUAAAUCUGAUUCAAAGAUUUAACUGGUACUGUGGAAUAUCUAUCAUCCUAGGUUAAACCAUAUCUUUGGCAAAUUACUUUGUGACUUUCUCUUGUUUCAAAGGGGAAGGUGUCCAACUUUAGACCCAGUUCUGAUGCACUUCUCCCACGAAAGAAGACCCCAUUAGUGUAAGUAAAAAAUUAAUCCUUAUGAUCAUGAAUUUGCAAUUAUGUACUCAGUUAAAGCUCAGACCAUUUAAAUAGGCAAAAUAGAGAGCAAAUAUCUUUACAAUUUCUUCAUUUUAUGCUACUAACAGUUUUUCUGUAGUUAAUUCACUUCCAUUAAACUGACGCUUUGCUAAUUUAAAGAGAUCGAUACCAUUCCUGACCUGUGCUAUACGUGCAUGCCUGUAAUGGUCAUAAAUUAAUAAUUUAAAGGUUCUAAUUCUAGCCAAUUUUGCUAGUGCAUGCAGAGCCUAACCAGGUGCCUGGUUUACAUCUGCACAACAGAAUGGGGGCACACAAAACAGCUUAAAAAGCUGGUAUUAUUGGGGUUAUGGCAGUGAAUGUAAUUGUUUAGACUGGUACUUCUUUCCUUUUGGUACAAUGAGAGACAGUAUACCUACUUCAAGAAGACUCAGAGGAAAACCCUUAUGUAUGAAUUUUAAAUUCUUGUUGGAUGUCUUGUCAUGGAUGCUGACACCAGUUUCCUGUUUUGUUGAUUUAAUUUUUUGCUGGUAACAUUUGUGUUGAAAAUGGUGAACCUGUAGAUUAUUAUUUUAUAAUAAGCAGUCACAGCCUGCUGAUACCCCAAAGGACCUGAUAGCUUAACUAUGAGUUUGACAGUCAUUAUGACAAAGACUUAACAGAAAUUUCCAGGAUGCUUUAAUUUCCUUCUCUGUAAUAGUGACUUAAUCUCCAACAUAUGCCACUGACAUGUACAAGUGCCGUUACAAAUAAUGUGCCACCAGUAAAACAGUGAGCCACUGGCAAAGGCCAUAGCAUCCUUAGUUUUUAGCCUGCUAGCAGGCACUGGUCAUGGUUUUUGAAAGGCUUAUGUGAGGGGAACACGUGAACGGGAGAGGAGGCGCCUGCAGCAAAGGCACUUAGUUUUCAGUUUUCUACAUCCUCUGGUGUGUAGAAUGCCACUAGCUAAUAAAAAACCCCGUGGGAGUUUAUAAACUGUCACCUCAUGCAUUAUUCGUCUGUCAAUGAAAUUCAAGUCUUCCUGUAUAUUAAACAUGUGUGGCAUGAAAACGGCUGAAGAACUGUUGAAUCAUGCUCGUAAGAGCUUAUUUAGAGAGCUUAACUCAAAGAGAUUUUCGAUUUCAGUUUUUGGUUAUUACCAACUGGGUUCGGAGAAAGUGUAAUUUUCCAGUUAUUUGUUUUGGGAUGUAAAGACCAAAACCGUCUUUGCAAGUAUUGUCAUUAUUUCCCCUUUGCAAAUGUAAUUCAGGAUCAAGCAGCCAAUGCAACCUCUACGGGAAUGUCAGCAUGUGACUUGAAUUAAAAGCAGGGCUGUUGAAAAGAACUACAGCAAGGAAAGUAUAACAUUAUCUACAUACAGGUCAGCUGAAGCAGUGAUGGACAAAAAGAUUUUCGAAUAUUAUUAAUGUCCCUAUCCCAUCAUUGAUCAACACAAUGAUAUCAGUGUCUUUUGUUGACAAAAGCUUUUGGACAAGACUUAGGUAAUCCUGUUCAUCAUGUUUGUUCUGAAUUUAGAAUUACAGUGCUUUAAAAAAAAUGCAGAUCUAUAUAGUAAAAGUACACAAGGUUAUUUUUCCCUUAGGGUCUGAUGUUGGUUUCAUGUCGUUAGAUGAUCAUCUGCUUUCAGUUAAUUCAGUGUUGUCAAUUGAUACAGUGCUGUCUUGUUAUUAAAUUGGGGGGGGGGGGGGGGGAAAGGGAAAACAGGGGUUUUUCAGGCGGGGGCCCCCCUCCCUUUUUCCCCCCCCCGCCCCCUUCGGUGUUUUCCUUCUUCCCACAAAAAACCGCGCACCCCCUCUAGGAGAGGCUGUUGCUUUACAAGAAAGGGGGGGGGGGGGGGGGGUAAAUGGAAAACCAGGGUCUCUGCAGCAGGUGCCUCCUCUCCUUGUCUCCCCUCGCGCGUCCUUGAGAUUUCUUCUUUUACCCUAAAAAAACAGCCAGCACCUUCUAGGCAGGCUGUUAGUUUUAAACAUGGCAUGCCUUCAGAGUUGACUUGGGUUCAAUUUAGCAAACAUGACAAGUCAAAGUCAAGUCAACACAUUUAUUUUACUAUGCUAACCACGCACAACAAAAGCUGGUUUUUGAGAGUUAAUAUGCUCUGGUUGGCUCAUUAAAAGUAAUCAAGGGCGAGCUUCUUAUCUUGAUUAAACCUCUGUUGGUAGGGAGGGGGGCGGGUGAGGCACUCCCAUAAAUUUUGGAUAGAUGUCUGCUGCCCUGGGUCUUAAACACUGCCAAAACCUGUGAAACGGCACCCUAUUCAAUGGAAAAAAACUAAGAAUUUAUUCAGUUUCAACAGAUUAUAAUUUGUUCCUUGUGUAGCUGUGGGGCAUUUAUGCACUUGAAUUUUAGCUAAUGUGAUUUAGGUAUUCUAUCUUAAAAUCAAACUGUGAACAAAAAAAACCAACAAGGACAAAAAAGAUAUUCUUUGUAAGGAUCAAGACCCUUACCCUAAUGGAUGGCAAACAGCUAUCUAGACCAUAUAUGGGAUUACCACAACUCUGGGUUAACCUUAGCCUUAACAAUCUUUCAAGGGAACCGAACACAGAAACUGAAUGAUGUCUUCACUGCACAACAACACAAAGCUAAUUGAGCAAUUGCAUUUUUUUAUCCGUACCCCUUCCCCCGGUUGAGGACCUACCUUUAAUUCUUACCCCUGAAGAUUAAAUAAAAUUGAAUUCACAUAAAAUACGGGUUUGUCCCUCAAAAACAUGGGUCCUACCCUUGAAGAAUUUCGCGAAAAGUGGAGCUCCAGCCCCAAAGAAUUCCAUACUUCUGGACUCUACCCCUGAAGAAAUCCUCAAUUUUUAUAACUUACCCCUGAAGAAUUCCAUGGUUCCUCAGCCAUGGCCAGGGGGGUGGGGGGGUGGGGGGGGGGGUACAGGUAUUAAAUGAGGUCGAAAGAAGAACAGCUGAUUCGUAUUUCAUUUCAAACGGCUAACUUACUAAGCUUUAACGAUUUCCACAGAGGAUCCUUAGCUUAACUAGCUUAAACAGCUUAUGCUGGCAAAUCUCCAUAACUAAAUAACUUAAAGCGUAAGGUUAAGCAGUUUAUAGAAUAAGUAAUUACCGGUAUGAGCGGAAAUGUUGGUAUUACCUUCUCCUUUUUAGUUUCAUGACCAGCCAGCCCUCCUUGCUCUUAAUCGUGAUUUAAGGAGCUACUAUUUUUAUAACAAGCGGCUCGUAGAAUAUAGGUGAAUGACCAUUUAUCAAAAAAAUCAAGUUAUCUAAAGAAAAAAACAAGCCUUUCUGCACGAAUGAGCAAAUUUGUGGAGGCUUCCGUCGAGGUCGACGGGGUCGCACGUUGCACGUUAAGGGGCUCUCACUGGCUCGUCUCCAGGCGUACUCGACCAGAACCGACCAGUUCCAGUCUUUUUUUAAGUUCCAGUCUUCCUUCAGUCUUAUGACUGAUCGUUCGAUAGAACUUUAUCAGUGCCUGUUCGCAGACGUUUUCCUUUCUUCUCUCUUCUCCCUCGAGCGAAAAGAAAACCUCUGGUGCCAGGCUCUAUCAUCUGUGGGGACGAAAACCAUUCUGGGUCACUCCCGGGACGGAAACUCCCGUAUCAUAGAUAUGGGGAUGCUCCAUAAAAAAUCAAUCUGGGCGUGGCUUGGGCUUCAUUUAAUUUGAGCCCUAAAGGAUAUCUCUCCCCACAUAGCGUAACGAAAUUCCUGACUCUCUUCAUUCUUUUACAAUAUAGAUAUUUCUUUACGCAUAGAGCUCAGGCGCCUGACGCAAAAACGAUUAAGUGAUACGUUUAUGUAAAAAUAAUUUCCUUUCGGCUGUCCUCAGCACCACCCAAUGAGGCCAAAAACAGCAAUUUCUACCCCUAAGUGAGAAGAUGAGCAUCACUAUCAUUUUUAUAUGGGAAUAUGGGAGCAACCCCCCCCGGGGGGGGGGGGCAAAGUAGCGUUAUACAGCAAGGCUGUAUGUUAUCACCCACCCUUUUUAAUCUCUAUCUAAGUGAUCUACUCGAAUGUUUUAAGUCCUUAAAUAACUACUCGUUUAAGUAUGGAGUAAAUAAACUAAACAAUGUUAAAUCUUAUAAAUAUUUGGGAAUGACACUGAACCCGUAUGGAAAUUUUAGUUUAGCUAGAGAAGAGUUAAAAAGGUUGGGCUUAAGGCAGUUUAUAAACUAUGAAAAGAGAUGGGUGACAACUUUAGAGAAAAUAUUAUGCUGACGAUUAAGCUAUUCGAUGCUCUGAUCUCCCCCAUACUUCUCUACGGAAGUGAAAUUUGAGGUGUUGACUGUAAUGACCAAAUAGAAAAAGAUCCCGCAGAACUAGUUCAAAUUAAAUUCUUGAAAUGGCUGCUAGGUGUAAAUAGAUGCUGCAGCCACCAUGCAUGUAGGGCUGAAACAGGAAGAUUCCCAAUAAAAAUCGAAGCACAAUAUAGGAAUUUUAAGUUUUGGCUAACUCUAACCAAAGCAAAACACAAAUUAUCACAGGUGUUUUAUAAUGAUAUAAAGUCGAGGAUGAAUAAGGAAUUAUGGAGCCAAAAAACCAAACGCGUAUUAGACCAAGUAGGGCUGGGAUACUUCUGGACAAAAGCCCAUGAAAAUGACGUAGGAAUCUUGAACAUUAUCAAACAAAGACUGAAAGACAUCGAAUUACAAAGAUGGUUAAGUGACGUAAACAAUGACGUAAGAAAAGACGCCAACCAAAAGAACAAACUAAGAACCUUCCGAAAAUUUAAACAAUAGAAAAUUAUAAAUGUGAAGAUUAUCUCCGUCAGGUCACCAACAUCCGACACCGGACAACUCUAACUAAACUCGGUCUAAGUAAUCACAAAUUGGCGAUAGAGACGGGUCGGUAUAUAAGACCUUAUAAGAAACCUGAAGAGAGGAUCUGUCCUAUCUGUAAAAAAGACGUUAUUUGAAUACUUAAACAAAGAAUACAGAAUAGCAGUAAACAGAAUGGCACCAGAUGAUGUUUUUCUGUUGUUAAUAAACCCUCCGAGCAAGAACAAACCAGUGCAAAAGUUAAUUGCGAAAUACGUAUUCGACUGCUAUGAGAAAAGAAGAUUAUUAGUUAUUUAGGUUAACAUUGAUUAUAGUUUCACUAGUGCAAUGUGUGUUAUGAUUUUAAAUUAUUUGGAUAAAACGUCGAUGUACAUAGGACUGUAUAAGACUCCAAAUAAAGCAUUGUCAUUGUCAUUGUUUACGGACCUCGUUGAAGUGAAAAAACACCUUUUCUUCUACGUUUCAUGUUUGUUGUUCUUUUUCUGCCUUCCUUCAAAAGGGAAGAGUUCUUUCAGAUGUUCGUACAUGGCGUUAAGGAAGACAGGCCACUUGUUUUGACACUAUGGCAGGAUGAAACAGGCCGUGCCUUAAAAGAAGCAGUUCUCAAGCAAUGUCCAAGUUUACCUUCCUACUUUAUUCUACUGUUUCGAGGUCGAAAGGUACGCAGCACAGUGAUCCGGGUAAGAGCCUGUGAACAGGCUCCUGGGGGAGUCUGGCGAGCUCACUUGUUCCUCAUACUAUACCCAACACGAGAGCUACUUUACUAGCUAAUGGAGUAGACGUUGCAAGUAAUGGAAGACAGUUUUCUUGUCUUAAGGAAAUUUUGGCAUUUUUUUUCCAAUGCUGGCUAGUUGUGAUAGGUUACUUGUUUAAGAGUUUUGCGGCUUUAUACCUCUCUAUUUAAACCGGCUUGUCUUGUGUAUUUACAGAUUUCGGACGAACAUACACUCAGGGAACAAGGGUUGACACAAGAUUGCAACAUCCAUGUCCAUUUUAGUUUGUACGGAGGUAUUAAAGCCUGAUGAUUUCGCUCAGUUCUAAUAUUUUAUCUUUGGGUUUGGAGUCGCUGCUAGGGGCGUAGCUGCCUGUACGUACGAUACGCACUUGCGUACCUGAAAAAGCUGAAGUUAAAAAUAUAAAAAUAAUUUUUAAUGAAAUAAAAGAUAAAGAUAAUGGUAAAAAGCAAGUAAAUAAAUAGAAGAGACUUAUUUUAAAAAGCACAGUCUGGUUCAAUUCAUCAAUCUUUGCUUGUGUCUUUGAAUUGUUCUUUUUCUAAUACAACGGAACAUUUUCUUUGCCACACCCAAAUGUCGGUUUCCAAAUUAAAACGAAGGGGCGUGAUGAAUUGGUGCACCGAAUCUUGAAUGAUUUAUUUAGGGAAAAGGCGGCCUGUCUUCUUCGAAGUGGACGAAAACACGAUCACGUCAAAGUACGGUGCCUUUAUGCGGCCAAACACAAUUCUGUGAGGGUCCACGAUGCACUUGGCCGGAUACGUGACUGGGGAUUUGGUUAUAUUUUGUGGUGGUACAUACUCGACAUGUAAGCUAAAACAGGAGCUCGAAACAGGAAAUUUAAUAGCAAGCUCCAGCGAGAUUCCCCAAUUUUAUGGGGCUGGGAUGUAGAAUCGUAAGGACUGAAAAGUAGGGGAUACGGAAAUUCAGUUUUCAGGUCGUAGACCGCAUUUAAUAAAGGAAUUCAAAGAUGGGCCGGCCUGAAUAAAACCUCCUAAUCAGUGGAUUUGUGUUUGCGUUGCAUUAUUAAAGCCUUCAAAUUAAUAUAUUUUUGCACUUACAAUCAAGUAUGUUAAAAAUUUGCCUCUUUUGUAAGAUAUGAUCAGGGGCUUCUUUUAAAUUGUUUUCAGAAGAGUCUGAUUUUCUCGCUGAUAUUCUUCAGUUUCCCAGCUGGGUGGUACGUAGUAAUGAAAGCCAGUUGUCUCUUUUUUGUUUUGUUUUCUGUUUUUGAGGACCAAACGAUUAUUCUGAGUCAAACAAAAAUGAUCUUUCAAAUUAUAUGUCUCAGGAUACCUGCGUGUUCCUAAUCGUCGUUUGAAGUUUGCAAGUUCCUCUUCAAAUGUUGUACCCAGGAGGGUUAGAACUUAUUAACGUCAUUUCAUAAACAAUAAAAGACACGAAGGCUUAAAGGUAGUUUCAUAUCCCGUCAUGUGCGUACCUCUGGAAAAAUUCUGGCUACGCUCCUGGCUGCUAGUUUACAUCUGCAAGCCAGUGUGUGUACCGUGUUUUAUUUUAUCUUCUUUUGCCCUCUUAGGAAUGGAGAAAGAAAGGGAUCCCACAGAUAAAAGUGGGGGAGAAAGAAACAAAAAAGGUAACCGUAUUUUAAAGCUGUCGAAAAGUUUCCCAAAAGGAUUAAAAAAAUUUCUUGCAUAUUGCAGCUAUCAUUAUAUAAAUUGCCUAAGCCAUAGACACUGAUUUUCUUACUAACACUGAAUGCUUUGUGGCAUUGAGUUUUUGCGGGUUUAUAAUUUUACGGAUUAUUGCGCGUACGCACGAUUUUGAGUUUCGCAAAAGGAAACUGUUUGCCAAUACGAAAGACAAACUCCUCCCAACAUCUGAGGUAUGAUCACCUUAACUUACUAAGAACGAAGGCUGGGUAUUUUCUUUAAUUCGCGGUGUCUCUUUUUUUUUGGCGGGAGUAUAUUUUUACGCCAUCCGAUUUUCCCCACCAAAUUCGGGAAUGUUAAACUGAUCGCAAAAAUUUCAUUCCACGGGUGAACGGACGAAUUAGUUCAGACCGCCUGACUAGCUACACGAGACUGUUUUGGUCCCGAAUUAUAUAAGUCUUGCAAAUUGUGCACACGCACUUUAAAUCUCCAGGUUCAUUGUCAGAUUUUAGUGAGAUUGAAGAGCGCUUCUAACUAGAGAAACAAAAAAAAAACUGACAAUAAUAAUCAGUUCUUCGUAUCUGGCCUCUAGUCCGCGGUCUAAUUUUCGCUGAUAGUCUGCCUAAUAACAUGCUAACUGACAACCGUUCAUGAUCACCUGUCCGGUAAAGAAGCCACUGAUGUGAGAAAUGGAGCAGUUGAAAGAGCCAGUGAAAAUUAAGUAGCAAGUGCUACUGGCCAGUGAGUCCUAGCCCAUGGUAACCAAUCACAAUGAAGGAAACAAUAUUGAGUCAGCAGCUUGUCCGGCUUCGGCUUGAAAACAAAAAUAAAUGUAAUCAAUUCAACUCCAAAGACUUCAUAUAUUCAUUGCUUCAUCUUCAUCUUUCCCCAGUAUAUUACGAACCAAUUGAAUGAACAUCCCCAGCUCCCAGUUGGCUUGGUAGCUCAAUAGAUCUUAUUCACGAUAUCCGCCAUCUUUUCACGCGCUUAAGGAAUUAUAGGAUAGAAAGCCGGGCAAUGUCACGUCAUUUCAAGAGGCAAACAAGUGAAAGAAUUUGCCAAUACUAGUAAUCGCGGUCGAGUUUGUUUAUUCUAUCGAAACGAGACGAUGAUUACUAGUCUUGCAAUUUGUACAGUUCGAGUUUCAACAAGUUUUACAUCAUUAUUGCCUGCAGUGAGGACAUCUACGGCCGCUAUUGCAUCCGGGAAAACAAUGAUCACUUCCACUCACAAUUUGCCAUUAUCGUCUUUAAAGGUAGAAAGUUCUUCGCGUUUCGGCUGUCUAGAAUAAAAGAAACUUGACCACGAUUUUUGGUUCAGUAUUUUAAAAUUGCUGUGAUAUUGUGCUUUAGAAUUGUCCUUUUUCUCUCUCUUUUCAGUGGACUGUUGUUAGUUGUUAGCUUACCUAAAAUGACCUCUUUAGAUAUCUUUUUUGGUAUGUCUACCUGCACUUGGUUCUCUUGACCGGUAGGAGAAAAUCUUACCCAGCACUGACUGGUUGAAAAUUUUAAUGAUUUUUCACACUUUUAUCUCGUAUAUAGCUCCGGACAAGUGGAAAAAGGCACAAGUAAAGCAGUGGAUUGAUGAAGUUUGUGAAGAAUAUGAGAUUGAAGAAGAGGAUGUUUCUAUGUUAAAAACAGUCUCAGGCAGAGGACUCGCAAAAUUAACACGACAGGACUUUAAGGAAAGGUGCCCUAAACAAGGCGAUCUAAUCUUCACCUUGUGGAAAGAGUUACUUAAGAAAUCGACAGAGGAACUUGGAAGCGACAGCGCGAAAAGCUCGCCUAACUCACCAAGGAAAGGUAAACAGUAUACUAAUUGCUACAAGAGAGAAUUCUCUCUUGUUUCUAUAAACUUUUUCUACUUUAUAAGGGAAACUGGCGGGAGAAAUCAAUCAGAAGUUUAUUGAUUUGGCCGGUAUGUGGGUAACCAUUUUACUGGUAGCUUAUUAUAUGAAUGUGAACUUGUAUGCUCUUUACGCACAAUCCUUCAUAAUCAGUUGUUUGAGAGAAUUUUCCAGUUUUAACAUACUACGUUACGACUCAAAAGGGAAAAAAUUUACUCGUCUAGUGGAUUCGAUCCAGUAGAUCAACUCUUGUAAACCUGAUUUUUAGGAUUCAUGAUGCUGCGUUUGUUUGGGCACAGAUCAGAAAAAAAUAUCUGUGGCAAGCGGUUUAGCUGUGAAAAUACACUGAUGUAUGAGGCCCAUCAUGUUCAAGCGUCGGUAUGCGCCAAUACUUUGCUACUAUAGUGCUGCAUCGUCUAGAUGAAAGUGUCUGCGACGCAGGCUAAAGUCAGAUUCGUUAAGACGAAUUAACUAUGAAAAAUCAGAAAGUGGAUUAUUUAGACGUGUUAGACCCAGUUCAGUGGGGACAAUGUGACUAGGAAGUCGAUCGUUACGUGGCAGUCCUCUUUGCUAGAUGCAAACCAAAGCAAACUCUCCGUACUCAAAGGACACUAAAAGAAACUCACGGAUCAUUAAUUUUAAGAUCUAGAAAAAAUUGGAUUCAGAUUUGAUCUGACGAAGCGAUUCGUAGUUUUGUUUUUUUUCGGUCGAGUUGUAAUCUGUUUUCAGGUGAGAAAAAAAACAAAAUCUGUUUUUAAAUUUAAGUCUGGAUUGUUAUUUUCUUGAAGAAACGCACCUUAAGAAAGCAGCAAAGGAACGCCUUGUAUACGUACAUAACACGUACGGAGCCAAAAAUAUCAAAGAAAUAUUGUUCAAGACUUCAGAAGUAGUUCAUAAAAAACAUGUAUGUUACUAACAAAGCCGUGCUACGUACGUAGAAAAGUUGAAACCGUGGACAUCAACAUGACACCGAUAGAUAACUCCUUGUAUACUAGCAGCAUUUUCGUUAGCGUUUGUCGCUGUUAUAACAGCGAGACUGAACCAUUAACUGGGAACAAAAUCUGUGUAAAUAAACAAUAAACAGUUUAUAUGGAUUCUACCACUGCGUCAUACUGAGUCAUCAAACUUAUAUGAAUUUUUUUGCAAGGAGAUGUGGAACACGAGACAAACCAAGCUACCGACGUUUCACCCAUUAGUGUGGGACCCUCGCCGAUAAAUUCUCCGAGGAACAUGUCUCCAAAUGACGACAAACCUGUUGCAGUGCCGAUUCUAGACAGUUCUCAAAUGAGGUAGAGACUUGUGCUUAGUUACACUGAGUUGAGCGGCAGCUGGUAUAAUACGCCGAAGUACGAUGUAACUUUGUGUAGAGCGCGUCGUUGGUGUAGUUAUGUAGAGUUUCUUUUGGAAAGUGAAGAGCUGCUAGUAAAGCCGGCGCAUGACGACGAAGAGUGGGGUACUACACUGCCGUCGUUCGUUGAUAAAACGCGUGACAGCCAAGUACCCGUGACGCUUUGCCAUACGUGACGGGUACACGAUUGUUUUACGCGAGAACGGAAAUGGCCUUCUUUAAAAGUACCAUAAUACUCUUUGUUUUAUUUUCCCUCCAAAUUUUGUACAAGUAUUGUUUUCAAUUUCUCUUUCUUGCUGUUACAAUUGUCCCAAGAGAAAUUGAACACAAUACUUAUGCAAAAUUCUUAGAGGGAAAACAAAGAGUAUUAUGGUAUUUUUGAAAAAGGGUUACACAAAGGACAAUUUUAUUAUUUCUAGAUAAAAGUUGUGCCCAGAUAAGAACUUCUUUGCUUUUAAAACUGUUUACGCAGACAAGAAUCGCCUUUAAUCUUCGCAUCUCAUGUGUAAACGUUUGCCAAGGGCCAUGGCCUUUUCCGGGUGUGAAGUAAACAACACGACUUUCACACUUUUUCCACAGUUUUAAGUUUUUCAGCAUCCUUCUUUAUGGUCACUGUAUAGAAAGUCGAUUGAUUUUUAGGGCAUUAACUAUGCAUUGCGAAAGAGAAAAUGGAAAUGUAUACGAAAAUCAAGAGCCUCGAUUCAUUUAGGGCCACGAAAUUGAGACAAAUCUGGCAGUUUUUAUAUUAAAUAAUAAUUGCCCCCGCGGGGAUUUCGAUGGCGUACAUUUGCGGACAAAAAUAAUUAAAAGACAAAAAUAAAAGACAAUUUAAAAUUCAAAAAUUAGACUAUCCAUGUCGAAAUCUCGUCAUAUGAAUUUGAAAUCGCAAUGAACGCAGUGGAAAUAGUAUCAUUCGAACUUGAAGUUACUUUGAACAAGUUGAAACUAUAAAGGGGAAACUCGACAUCGCGAUGUUGAAGUUCAAAUCACCAUUCCAACUAAAAUGCAAAUUACAUGAUUUGAACUUCAAUUCACCUUCUCCACUCUAAUAAGCCACUUAAUCGUCAACAAUGCAACCAUCAUCUUGCACAAAAUUCCAAAUGAAACCUUUAAUUUGAACUUAAAGUUACGUCACACAUUCGAAUUCGAAAAACCAAAAUUUCAAUUCGAAAGGAAGCGGAAGUAAAAAUGCAUAGGAACCGAGUAACUACUAGGUACUGUGGAGCAGUUGUUGUGAAAGUUAUGGACCAAAAGACACUCGUUAAGCGCAGAUGAAGUUAUAAAGUUCGUAUAACAGUGUAUAUUUUAACACCAAGUGAGUUUUGCCAGACACGAGUUCACAAAUCUUUGAUUGGAAACCUUGCCGGAUACUCUCUUUGACCGGAAUAAGACUCGGAUCCAAACAAGCAAGACGAGUGAAUGAUUCAACGGCUAGCUUAUCACUAGCAGAACGAUGGACGAUUACAGAAAUUCGCCGAUCGUCAAAUUCUGUGCUGACUUUUUUCCUGCCGGCACAGAUGUCCUUCCGCUAUAAAGUUUAAAAUAAGACUAGAAUGCGCGAGCAUGAUUUGAUCAAACGACUCCUUUUAAUUUCUAAGGCUUUAAUACUUUCCGGCAAAUAAAAUGAACUAAAUGUAAAAAGUGAAAUAGAAAUAGCGAAAAAUUAAACUUCUAAUUUCUUUUCUUAUUGUUUAGAACAAACUAUUCUCGAAACUGAUCAAAGCUGUAUAAAUCGAACCGAAACUGUGCAUGCCAAAACCUUGCGUUUCCUGAAUUUAUCUCACCUAUAAUUGUAUGGAAUAUGUGUGAACAUCCUCAUUAUGAAAUCGGUAUGUUUCAAAGAGCUACACAACGAGCAAGAAUACUAUUGCCCGACAAUAUACAGAGUGGCGGCAGCUGUAGUGUCAACUAUUACUAGACCAGCCAAGAAAUCUCAAAUGUGAAUGGCUUUCCGGCACAGGCAACCCAGGUUUGCCACUUACGCAGCCGGAAAGCCCCAGCCUCCCACACUGUUGUCUAUUACCUAAUUCUAAUAAGGCCUUUGUUAUAUGUAUUUACUUUAGUUAUAAGGCGCGGUCGCUAUGGACAAAAAAGUCUGACUAAGUUGAUAAGUCAUGACUUGAGAUCGAAAAAUUGAUUGAGCAAUUUUAUCGGUUUACAAAAAUAAGUAAUUGUCAAUGAGAAAGAAAGCAUUGCUGUGAGUAGCUUCUAUGACUUGGAAGUGAGAACGAUUGGAUAUGGUGAAACUUAUUUUGCGUACACUCAACUGAUAGUCAGUAUAAAUGCUCUUAACCAGUUUGUGUCUUUUGCUUCUUUUGUUUACAGUGACAUGGCUCUCAAAGGCCCAUUUGGAGCUGUUGAAAAUCUCGACGAACAUAAAAAAUACUUUACAAUUGAUGAAAUUUCGAAUCGUUCCCCAAAGGAUGGCGAGGUGGUUUCUGUAAAGGGAAUUUGUUCCUCAGGAACACACAACGUCGGCAGCGCAGGAACUCUUCUGAUAAGAAAUGACCCUGAAGAAGGGAACCCAUUUUUAGAACUCAAGGUGGACAUAAGAGUUUGUCCUGGUUCUUCGAGUUUGUCUAAGCACGUACUCGCUUCAAUUUUAGAUGUGAAACUGGGUGAGCAGUUUUUUGUGAGAGGAAGAGUACAGAGCCCACACGAAGGUCGUAAGUCUUUGAAGAAGGGGUUUCAAAUACUUCCAUUCAAAAUUGUCGUGGAUUCUGAUCAUCACGCAGCAUUUAGAGAGGAUGUCAAAGUGAAAAAUUCGUAUUUACGGCAGGUAUCCAUUCCAUUGCCAACCGAAUGUGGCAUUUUUCCUGCAGAAGGGUCUACGCAAGAGCCAAUUUUUUUAAAGGAUUCUUUGGAGGGCACGUAUGGAAUUUUGUUUUGUUACCCGAAUGAACAGCCAGAGAAAAUAAAAGAGAGUGCUGUUGCGUUAAAAAAUAGCUCGAGUGGGGAUAUUUUUGUCGGCGUUGACAGUAGUGGCACUGCCAUAGGCUCACCAAUGUCUCGAGAUGAAAUAAUUCGGAAAAGGGAUGACCUGAUAAGAAAUGUGAGUGGAAUAUUCCCAAAUGUCAAUGAAGGUGUUUCCAUUUGUACAAGUGCGGCCCAGGCACACGAGCUUGUCGAGAAAAAGAAAGACUUCGUUGCUGCCAUGUACCUGCCGCCUAAAGCUCAAGAAGCCGUGGAGAUUCUGGGAGAAACAGAAAAAAUUCCGAUUAUAUAUCGCAUUCACGUGGAAAAAGGGACGUCAGUUGUAAGUUUCGCCAAACCAGAACAUACUCGCGCCUACACACGCGUGGGCACGGAAACGAAACAGAUGGCAGACUAUGAAGACCUAUUCAAUCGCCUCGAAUCGCUUGCAAACCGAAAUAUCCCAAAGAGAACAGCGACGCAUAUCAACCAGGAAGUGGAAAAAGCCUCAACGUACGAGGUAAGUGAAAUGCAUUACAGCAUAUUCAACAGAGUCAAGUUCGAAACAGAGAACAAAGAAUUUAAAGUGAUUAUAGGCGAUCCCAAAAAGAUCAUCCCAAAAGAUUACAUCAAGAGAUACUCUGCAUCGUUUCUCAACACUGACGGGGGUGACAUACUAUUUGGAGUCGACGAGGAUCGGGCGACGGGGUUUGGCCAUGUUGUAGGAGUAUCAAUGUCGCCGAAUGACCGCAAAGAACUGUUAGAUGAAAGCAGUGAGAUGAUCUGCAACUUAUGGCCUCCGGUUGACAGUAGCCAUUUCUUCAUGAAAUUUAUCGAUGUGAAAUGCGACGCGUCUAAGAAUUUGUUAAAAUAUCCAAAGACGUAUGUUGAUCAACAAGGAAAGUUUGUGACCUUUAUGUUUGACAAUAACUCAAAAGUGACUAAGUUCCUCAACUUGGUCAAAACAAAACUUGGUCAUUGUGCAAUUGUACGACUACAAAAUCGCUUUGGUCUCUUGGUGAAAGAUAUCACGAAAUUAAACGCGGAACACCUUCUUUCCGAGUUGGAGAAUGAACGCGGAAAACCACCAUAUUUCAACAUGGGGGUUGCAUCUUUUAAAGAAGUUGAACCUGUACUGAGAGAUUUGUGUAUUGUUCAUCUCCAUCUGAAAGCAUCGCCUUAUCCCAUUCACCUCACUAGCCCUUUCCACACAUUUUGCUUAGAUAAACAAGGGAUUGUUACUGAAAUGGAACCCGAGGAACUUCUUCAACGUUUCUCAAAAAGAGAUUAUCAAUAUGAGCCUGAUAAACUCUUGAAUGCUCUAAACGGAUUUGAGAAAGAAAACACUUCGUACGUGUUAAUUUGCUCACCGUUUUGCCUUUCUAAAAAUAAAAGUGAUUUGUAUGGUUUAGUAGUCCCGGAAUGGGCAAUGGUAUUUGACUUCGAUCAAACCCCACACCAAGAGGGCCAUCUCUUUAAUAUCUAUAAGCCUCUUCACGAUCGACAUCAAGUGGACAGAAAUCUGUUUCUCCAAACACCUCUUGACAAGAGGGUGGAAAUAAACCCAAAAAAUGGUGUGUGUUGGUGUGCAGUGAGAGGCUACGAAGACAUAGACAAAACGCUUUCCAAAGAGGGACAUGCAUCGUGGAUGACGUCUCAUGGUCACAAAGUGACAGCACUCAUCAGUGAUCAGCUUGUUGUUCAAAUAAAUCCAAACCAGUUGGUUGUAGUUUGUUUGUGGGAUGAUGGGUACGAAGACCUGUUCCCCUCUGUUAACAUACUUUUGCAGCACUUUUUCUCUUGCUGGGGACCUACAAAGGCGUUAUUUGUUUGUUCCAAUCAUUCAACGAAAUCUGCAGUGUUGUCCGCCCUCAUACAUCCACUCGGAAAGGCUGGAUUUGGUAAGAAAAUCAAAGGGGAGAACGUGUUUGUUGCACUGCCUCAUGAAAUGGCGCGUCAUAUAGGAGCACAACUCCCUCCACCUUACCGUUCAGAGGGUGAGUUCCGAGUCCCAAGAAAGUUCGAUGUUAAACAGGGCGAGGCGAGAAUAUUUCCAGAGACGUUACCUCAGACUAUCCGACAAGCUAUUAAAGGCCAUUUGCAGAUAAUGUAUUACGACACUGGCAGUACUUUUAAAUUAAAACCAGAAGAUGAGGACAAAGUCAGAGAAAAGUUUUACUGUGGAUCUGAAAUUGAUGAGUCCGGCCUUUCUAACGGAAUCGCUAUUGAGAGAGAAAAAAUGAAAGACCUCAAGAGAGAAAUGAAGUCUUUCCUCAACGAUAAAAGGUCGCAUGUUUGUCUGACCAUAGUUAAGGCUGAAAGAGGAGCUGGUGCAACAACUUUAUGCUUGCAACUAUUGUAUGAGUUCCACAAGCAUUAUGUUUGCGCUCGAUUACUCGAAUUUCAUGACAGUCUUGCUGGCAAUGUGGAGAAGAUAAAUCAACAUUGUCAACUUCCCGUCAUUCUCUUUGUUGACAGCGAAAUGGCUUACCUCCCCGAGUUCGUUGACUUCAAAAAAGAUGCAGAAAGGCGAAAUUUAAACCUCAAAUUGCUAAUUGUUGAAUCUGACCUUUUUUAUGGUCAACAACAGAUGUCAAACAAGAGAAAACAACCCAUCCCAUAUAUUGUUGGAACUGCAGCCUACAAGACGGUCGAGAUAAGCCGCGAACUUAGUUCCGACGAAGCAGGCCAGUUAGUGGAACAAUUUCUAAAGAUAAAUAAUAUUUCUAAAGAGAAAAAAGGCGAACUUAGAAAGCUCAAAGAACGAGUAGUAAAAGAGUGUUCCUUACGGAAAUUUGCAUUUGUGAGCCUUACGGCGUUUGGUAAGAGGUUUACUGGCCUGCCAGACUACGUGGAGUAUCGUUUGGCCCAAGCAAAUGAGUUGCAACUCCAAAUCUUAGAGUUUCUUGCUCUAAUUCACGUAUAUACGGAUUUCCUGUUUCCCGUGAAUGCCUUGAAGGGACUAGCCAAAAGAGAAGUUGUUUUACUGGAAGGAAUUUUUAGCAACGAGGACGUAAGAGAGCUGUUAAGUCCUCCAUCCUCAGCAGGAAAAAACGUUAGAAGAAUUUCUUUCGUUGAGGUGGCAGACGAGGUACUUAAGCAGCAAGCAAAGAAGCGCGAAAUGGUGGACCCUCUUUAUCUGAAAGAUGUUGCGCUUCGCCUGGCAAAAUGUGCUCUUUCAGGCCCAAAACCCAGCAAAAGAAUUGAUCGCAUUACCAGACGAUUGUACGUCACCAGUGAAUAUGUAAGUGAGAAAUUUUCCCCUCUCGUGAGGUGCGUGAGAGAACAAAAUCCGGAUGUGGCGCGUGACAUGUUGCACGAGCUAAGUGACAUAUUUGAGAAAGGUUCGGGAGUGCGGGCUCAUCUUUUGGCACACUUGGCGAAAUACUACAUGAUCCAGUAUGAGGAUUUUCAGAAAGCAGUUCCUCUCAUUGAAGAAGCAGUGUAUGAAAACAAAGACGACGUCUUACUUCUUCAUAUUCACGGCGAUUUAAUUCGUCUUCACGUACAAAACCUGAAAGAACAAGAAGAAUUUUCUUUGUCUCAAGUUAUCCGUUACGCCAUCGAGAGCAGCCAUUGUUUUGAAACAGUAAAAGAGAAAAGGCCGCUGAUGGAGCACGGUUAUUCCUCUGACGCAUUGAUCAGAAAGGUUGUCAUGCUGGCUGCUAUUAAAUCGGUUGGUGGUACCCGUUUCGUCGAUUUUCUGAAAGGAUUCUUAAAUGAGAGAAGAGAAAAUAUAGUAGCGGCAAACUUCACACCAGAAGACAAAUAUGUACUCUCUUUAGUGCCAGAGUCUUUUGCUAAUCUUCGAGCAGUGUCUAUCAGUGAGUACAAAGCAAAAUUAAAAGGUAGUUUGUUGGAAAAUUUGGGCGAUCUUGAUGCCUUAAAAGAAAUAAGCGAAGAACUGAAAGAAGUGAUGAAAGGUACUAACGAUGAAGCCUGGACUGAUAAGGUCGUCCUCAAAACAUUGUCUGUGGUUUACUCCCUGGAGUUCGAAAGAAAAGAACUAAAUCCUGAAGAAGCUGACGAAAGAAUAAAACACCUCGAACAACUGUUAACAGUGGCUGAUUUUGACGAGGAGUCCAUGAAAAUUUGGAUUCGAUGUGUAAGGCUAGGCUCCAAAGUUCCCAGUUUAAAAGAAGUUCGGAAAAAAAUGGACAGAUGGCUAAAGGCGACCAGUAGAAGAUCACCAAACGCUCUAUUUUACAAGUAAGUAAUGUCAGUAAAAAAAAGUACUUUACCUCUUACGUUUUCACUUCUUAAUGACCGCCUACCUGAAAACUGAUAAAACCUGUUUUAAUCUUCAAAACAUGUUGCCAUGGAAAAGAAAACUUGCACGAAAUAGAAGGAAAAUGUAUUUUUGUACCGAUAAUAAUUUUAGUGUUGUUAUAUAUGAAGCAUAUAUUUUUUAAGAUAUGCAUUUUAUUCUUAGUAUUUUACACAUUUCAAAUUAUAUAAUCGAUGAUAAAACAACGAAAUAGGUACGAAACUAACAGCGUUUAAGCACACCAAUCAACUUUGCAAAUAAAAUUACUCAUAUAUACUAACAGUUGCAGAAAUUGAAAAAGGUUAAGAAUAAUUAUUCUUGUUUGCCCUUAUUCAUAAAACAAUUAUCUAAUUUCCACACUGGUUCCUUUUCAGUUACGUUGUGGCUAUUUUGGAGGCCCUAAAAGACCCUAAAGACACAGAGAAAAUGAAGAAAGCAAACGAAUGUAUUAAGGAGUUAGUACAGAAGAGAAAGCUGACAAGAUCAAAAGGUGUUUCGCAGGAUCCAUCUCUGCCAGUAGAAUGGCUUCAUCCAAAAGACGGCCGGCACAUUAACUCUUUGGAAUCCUUGCUUAAUCAUGAGGAUUUGGUGAAGGAUUACUUGAAAGGGACAUCACCUCGACGGCAAAAGCCUGCUGGCAAGGAAAUAAUCAACAAAGCGUUAUUUGAAAAGAAAAUAACCAAGUGGGACGGAGUGGUGGAUGAAAUAACAUCUGACUGGAAAGGAAUCAUUAGCUUAAAAAAUCACAUUAGUGUGUCAUUUGUACCCGUCAAUGUUCAUCCCCAUAUGCCGAAUGAAGGAGAGAAAGUAACGUUCUGCCUUGCAUUUAACUGGACUGGUCCAUGUGCCUGGUAUGUCGUAUCGGAGCCAGGAGUUGCCAAAGCCCGGAAAGCAAUCUCGCUUUCUUCACCUUUCUUACCGGUAAAUCCAGAAGACGAUGGUUCUGACAGUGAAGUAAGUGAUAAGGGUGAUGAUGAUGGUCUACUACCUAUGGUGAGUGAAUCUCUUCACAAACAAACUGUAUUUAAGCGAAAGAGUGUAUUGGCGGAGAACGAUCAAGAUUACCAGUGGAUCCGAUAUCAGGACAAAGAAAUGCAGGGAAUUAUUUAUAAACUCUUUUCUGACAAAGGAUAUGGGUACAUCUAUCAUCCUAACUUUGAAGCGACUCUCUACUUCCAUGCAAGACAAAUUGUUCCCCCAGUAGACAGUCUGCAAUCAAUAAAGCAGUAUUCUGUGGUCUCGUUUACCGUAGGAAUGACUUCAAAAGGAGAACGAGCGAUGAACAUUAAAACAGUGGUGGUAUGUUCUUACUUAAUUUUAAAAAUUUUCAGUUAAUAAUAUACUACGAGGCUUCUACGUUGAUCAACGCCUCUGAAAGCGUAAAAUGUGUCCUGCGUUCUAACGGCGGUGGCUUAAACAAGUGCGUGUUCUUGUCAGUUUUUAUCCAAACAACGAGAAGGGCCCCACGUGUCCUGUUCAAAAUAACAAAAGCCUCCCAUUUUGAUUAAUUGAUGCGGCCCGAUGAUUUUCAAGAUUUUAUUUCUUUGGUUUCGGAGUCGAAACUAAAAAGCACACAACCCGAGCCGAGCCUGUGAAGGGCUCAACGAGGCGGGGGGAUGGGAGGGGCGGGGAUGCAGGGCAACAGAAAUUUAGCGAGAGGGUAAUAAAGUAAGAAUAUAGGACAGACUCGGAAAGCCAUGCAAAACUUUCUCUGCUUUCUCAUUGCCUGACCUGACUCGUGAGGCUACCUGAUUUCUUACUCGAGUGCCGCUUCGCUUCCCCGGGUUAAUUUUUUCACGCAAUAAUGGAAAUAGUAGUAGCCAUCAAAAAAGGAAGCAAUAAAUAAAGUGCAUUUCUAAGAAUAAUUUAUGAUCGAGUGACGAUAAAAUAACGAAAUGACCCCAACUACAAAUUUCAGCUGACGUGCUUUAUUGCCAGCAAUUCGUUUUAGAGUGAUCUUUUGUUUGUUUUUAAUAGGAUGAGGAAAGUAUCAGUAAACAGCUAAAAGAGUGCCGUGAAGCACUUGUUAGAGAGGAAAGCACGGACAUUACAACUCAUCCACCCGAAGCUACUCGACGGUACAGUAUAGACUGAUUAGCGUUAGAAAUAAAUAAAUCACAUCAUACUCAGCCUUCAAUAAAUGUUAGUAAAUAUGAAAUAGCAACCUCUUUCCGGGCAGCGGCGCGGCAGCCCUGUGGUUUAUGCCAAGUGGACUCAAAAAAAGGCGAAAGAGUUCACGGCUAUCCGAAGACGAAAUAUCGGAAUUUCUGAGUAAAACUGAACGAAGUGCAACAAUAAGCAAUAUUUGCUCGAUGGAUGCCAUUUAGUUUUUAAUGAGUAUCUGCGAAAGAAAAACAUGUUUCUGUCCCGAAACCGUGCCGGCAAAUGUUUUGAGGAAAGUGUACGAAGAGCUAAGGUUUUUAAAAACUUAAAAAUAUUUUGAAUGAAUGUCAAAGCAAUUAUUGAAUUCGUCUUUCGUAUGAUAUAGAAAGAACUAUGCAGGUUUCUGAGUAUAUUAUCCAC